CCGGCAGCCAUCCCUGCGGCGCUGACGUCUGUGUGGUGCCGCUGUCCCGGAGUCUUCCUGCAGUCAUGAAGGACGUGCCCGGCUUCUUACAGCAGAGCCAGAGCUCCGGGCCCGGCCAGGCCGCCGUCUGGCACCGUCUGGAGGAGCUCUACACGAAGAAGUUGUGGCAUCAGCUGACACUUCAGGUGCUUGAUUUUGUGCAGGACCCGUGCUUUGCCCAAGGAGAUGGUCUCAUUAAGCUUUAUGAAAACUUCAUCAGUGAAUUUGAACACAGGGUGAAUCCUUUGUCCCUGGUCGAAAUCAUUCUUCAUGUAGUUAGACAGAUGACUGAUCCUAAUGUGGCUCUUACUUUUCUGGAAAAGACUCGUGAGAAGGUGAAAAGUAGCGAGGAGGCAGUGAUCCUGUGUAAAACCGCAAUUGGAGCUCUAAAAUUAAACAUCGGGGACCUCCAGGUCACAAAGGAAACGAUUGAAGAUGUUGAAGAAAUGCUCAACAACCUCCCUGGUGUGACAUCAGUUCACAGUCGUUUCUACGAUCUCUCUAGCAAAUACUAUCAAACGAUUGGAAACCACGCAUCCUACUACAAAGAUGCUCUGCGGUUUCUGGGCUGUGUCGACAUCAAGGAUCUGCCAGUGUCCGAGCAGCAGGAGAGAGCUUUCACGCUGGGACUAGCAGGACUUCUUGGCGAGGGAGUUUUUAACUUUGGAGAACUCCUCAUGCACCCCGUGCUGGAAUCGCUUAGGAGCACCGACCGGCAGUGGCUGAUUGACACCCUGUAUGCCUUUAACAGUGGCAACGUAGAGAGAUUCCAGACUCUGAAGACUGCCUGGGGUCAGCAGCCUGACUUAGCGGCCAAUGAAGCGCAGCUUCUGAGGAAAAUUCAGUUGUUGUGUCUCAUGGAGAUGACUUUCACACGACCUGCCAAUCACAGACAACUCACUUUUGAAGAAAUUGCCAAAAGUGCCAAAAUCAGCGUGAACGAGGUGGAGUUGCUGGUGAUGAAGGCGCUGUCCGUGGGGCUGGUGAAAGGCAGCAUUGAUGAAGUGGAUAAGCGCGUUCACAUGACCUGGGUACAGCCCCGCGUGCUGGAUCUGCAGCAGAUCAAGGGAAUGAAGGACCGCCUGGAGUUCUGGUGCACCGACGUGAAGAGCAUGGAGAUGCUGGUGGAGCACCAGGCCCAUGACAUCCUCACCUAGUGCCCCCGCCUGGCCUGUCUCUGGGCAGCUGUUUUGUGGCUGGUGAACCUGGCAACUAAGAUCUGCAUUUAAUUGGGGGUGGGGGUUGGGAUUCUGUUUUGAGUAGGGACUGUUCUUGCUGUAAAAACAGGACUGUCAUUGAUGGGGGGCCUGGCCAGAGGGAGAAGCCUUCUGUGUGGGUACCUCCUGUAGCCUGCAGUGGCGAGGGUCGCUGUGUCUCAGGAUGAGGCAGGCAAGAGUGUGGGUACCCCGAGGAAGGGAAGGUGUGGAGGACCCCACUCCAAGGCUGCUCUAUGCAUCCCCCUGUGUGAACCUCUUUUCCAGUGUGAUUGGAGAAUGUUCCUGGAAUAAACACCUUUGCUUUGUUGUU